CCCGGCGACACCAUUCUGCUGAUCGUCGAGGACGAUCCGCAUUACGCGCGGGUCCUGAUCGAUCUGGCGCGCGACAAGGGCUUCAAGGUGCUGGUCGCCAGCCGCGGCGCCGAGGCGCUCGAUCUGGCCAAGCAGUUCCAGCCGAGCGCGGUCUCGCUCGAUGUGUUCCUGCCCGACAUGCUCGGCUGGAGCGUCCUGAGCCAGCUCAAGCACAAUCCGCUGACCCGUCACAUUCCGGUCCAGAUCAUCACGCUGGACGAAGACCGGCAGCAUGCGCUGGCGCGCGGCGCCUUCUCGUUCGUCAACAAGCCGACCACGACCGAGGGCGUCAGCGCGGCAUUAUCGCAGAUCAAGGAGUAUGCGCGACCGCGCCGCAAGCGUCUGCUGAUCGUGGAGGACAACGCCGCGGAGCAGCUCAGCAUCACCGAAUUGCUUGGCCACGAAGAUAUCGAGAUCGUGACCAGCGGCACCGGGGCAGGGGCCCUGUCGACGCUGCGCGAAAAUCCUUGCGAUUGCGUCGUGCUCGACCUUCGGCUGCCCGACAUGAGCGGUUUCGAGGUGCUGGAUCAGAUCCGCAAGGAUGA